GGUGGAGCUUUGGCUCCCUAGGAACCUCGCUUCAAUGGCGCUGUUGGCAGCCGAGCUGAAGCGUUUGCCGCUCGCACCGGAAGAGUUGUUCCCUCUCGAGCAUCUGAUCUCCACCAUCCGACGCAGACUUGCAAUUUUCCCUUUUUACAGUGUACUACUAGGACAAGAUGGCAUUUGAAUCUGACACUGAUGUUCUUCUCUACAAAAACGCUGAGUUCCAAAGAAUAUUGUACCUUGGAGAUGUAUAUUGUUACACCAGACUACUGGCAGAGGCCCCGCAAUAGACCUGCAAAGGAGAAUCAGUGCUUGUACCUAAAAACUGAUAUUUUUCUAAAGCAAUGACACCUUUUAGUAGUGUUUUUUACAGGAAGGUUUUGUGUCUGUUCUCUUACCAUGGAUAUUUUAGAAUCAAUCGAAUUGAAGAUACUCUUCUAAAUCCCUGGCACAGACUUCUGAGAAAUUCCUCUUAUUAUAAAGCCAAUUUGGUCUCAGCUGUUGAUGUGGUCAAGUAUUGGCAAGGCGUGUUUGAGGCAAACAAUAUCCCAGAAGCGCAGACAUCCUCUGAAUAUAUUGUUUCUCAUGUCCUGGGAUCAAAAACAUUCCAGAAUCUGAAUGCCAGCAGCAUUUCUGCUCCCCUUUCAGCAAAGCAACAGAAAGAGAUCCAACAGCUCUGUGCUAAACGACUACAACGGAUGCCAGUACAGUAUGUUCUUGGUGAAUGGGAUUUCCAAGAUCUGACACUCAAGAUGAAGCCUCCAGUUUUCAUUCCUCGGCCAGAGACAGAGGAACUGGUUUCUCUCAUUCUGGAUGAAGAACGGAGGAAAAGAUUGACUUCUGCAUGCAGCAAGGUCCUUCAGGAUUUCCCAGAGCCCCGUGGUCCUGUUAUUCUGGAAGUUGGUUGUGGCUCAGGGGCAAUUGGUUUAAGUCUUCUGAAAAAACUUCCUUAUAGUCAGCUUAUUGCCAUCGAUAAAUUAGAAGCUGCUGUUAAUCUCACCAAGGAAAAUGCAGAACGGUUACAUCUUCAGGAAAGAAUCCAUAUCUUUCACCAUGAUAUAACUUCAUGUUCUUGGGAAUGCCUUCAGCCUUGGGGUUUGGUAGAUACUAUCAUCAGUAAUCCACCUUACAUUUUUCACGAAGAUAUGAGUGACUUGGCAGCAGAAAUUCUCUGCUUUGAGGACCUUGGUGCCCUGGAUGGAGGAAUUGAUGGGAUGAGCAUCAUCAAAGAAAUUCUGGCAGUGGCCUCUUACAUCCUCAAGGAUUGUGGGAGUGUGUAUUUGGAGGUUGACCCCAGACACCCCCAAAUGGUAACAAAUUGGCUGUCCAGUCAUCCGGAUUUGUUCCUCUUUGUAUCUGCUACACACAAGGACGUCUAUGGAAAGCCAAGGUUUCUGCAUAUUCAAAAACGUAGGAAAGAAGAUUACCAAGAAUCAUGACGAGUUCUGUAUCCCAACCCUGGGAGUGUUCACAGUGCUUUCUAAGGGUAUGUUCUCAGAAAGCCAGAUGUCUCUUGAUAACAUCUGCUAACUUGCAUUUUGCUGAGGAUGAUUUAAGUUUUCAAAUUUUCAAGUUAUUUUGUGUUUAUUCCAGUUGUUAUGUAAGAGACAUAGCAUUUAUAUCCAAUGUGUAAUUGCUAUUGUGCUUUUAUUUUAUAAUCACUUUAUACAUUCCUCAAUUCAAGAGUAUAGAAUGGAGUUAAAAAUAAAAUACUAUGAAUAGUGAAUAA